AAACUAGCCUCGAAACUAGAUAAUUUCUCGGACAACUUUCUAUACCUACUUGAUUUAGUUCCGUUUUAUCAUUUCUGCUCGUAUAUUCCAGAUUUCGAGUCUAUAAAUCCAUUAGUUACAGUUUGUGGUAUUAUGAAUGCUUAGAAAACACUUGAGCUCAUCCGCCAUUAGAUAAUCUAUCUCAAUUAAUACAGAUAUUGUUGUGUUCAUAUUUGUUUACAUUUUUGCUUUUCAAUUGCUUAUUAGAAACGUUGUUUUGAUUCCUGUUAAGUUUACCAUAUAUAUAUAGAAUAUAUAAAGAUAAAUGCGUUUAUCUUAUAUUUGUCUGAAGUUUAAUAAUAUUGAAUAUUUAUAUAUUAUAUAGUCAAAGUUCUGAAUUUUUUUUUUAAAAAUGACAUCGUACAAAUUGUCAUCGGUGUUUGCAAUCCAUUUAUUUAUUUGCCACAGUUCUGAUUUAUUUCUUUUGCCGAUGAGAUAGCUUAUUUUUUCAUGAUUUUGUAACACUUUUGUUAAAGUUGAAAAUGGUGAAAGUAUUGAAAAUUCCAAUCAACAUGGAGAACAUGGAAACGGAUAUUUCUCUUCCACAGUCUGUUGAAUUUGUUGAUGCAAUGUGUUUAGAAAAAAGCAUCAUUUUGUCUGAUGGGUGCACAACAGCAACCAUCACCACUGUUGAUGGGCAAGCUUUACCUGUUACAUUCAUUGUUUCUCAACCAUUACAAGAUAGUCCAAAUGAUACUCAAUCAGUUCAAGAUCUCAUCAAUACAAGCGGUGUAAGCAUUGUUUGUGAGCAAAAUGACGACUUAAAGCUAAAUAAUGCCAAAGAUGAUCCAUCUUCAGUUUAUGCUGUUCAUUUUCCAACGGAUGAUAAGUCGGUAGAUCAGAGUUUCCUCCGAGCUCAAGAAAAUAGUAUUUUGUGUGAAAAUAAAUCUGGUGUUAUGGUGGAUAAUUCUUUCACAUCAGAUUUGCUGACAAAUCAGGAAAGUGAUGCUGAUCUGUUAACUCCCAUCCCUCGACUCGAAGAUUUCAUGGACGUCGUAACAACUUAUAAGUGUAAAUUCUGUCGCUUUUCGUGUCCUUGGAAGGCUGGAUUGAUGUCGCACAUUAGGUGUUGCCAUAUUAAUGAAAAACAGAACAUUGUUACUGUGAAAGCAGAGAAGAAUCCCAAUGUUGAAGAAAACUCAUUGAAUUUAGCAACCUCUUCAAACUGUGCAUACAAUCCAGUGGAAAAAACUUCCGAGCUUGUUCAGUCAAAACCCUGCAUCGCUUCUCAAGAUCAAAGUUUCAAUAUGCAAGCAGAGAACUGCAAUUUCACGGAAAAAGUUAAUCAAUGUAAUCAGGACUUUGUGGAAAUAAGUAGCUGUGCUCUUCCACAAUCGGAGAAUCCUAGUGUUGAACUGGAUGUAAGAAAAAUAGGUUCUCCUGAAACAAGCAAUUCACUGACUGAUAAGUUUAAGAAGGAUUGUUCUGAUAAAGAAGAUUCAAAUCCAUUUUUUGAAAAUUCCGAGAUUGACACUGAUAAUGAAAAUUCAAGCUCUCUUGAUUCACCUGUUGAAAGGCAUAUUUUUCUUUGUGGUCAGUGCAGUGAGGGUUUUGCAUCUCUUGAUGAAUGUAAACAACAUAUGGUUGAAGAUCAUGAUUUGAAGCUUGAACAAAACGAUAUAAAACCCUUGAAGAAAAGAGGGCGUCCCAGAAAGCAGCAUUUACCUAAAGAAACUAAUGAUCCACCACCUCCCGCUCUUGCCAAUGAGAAUGCUCCUAAAGAAAGGAAACGACAAUCUCGACCUCCAAGAAUCCUAGUAAAAGACUUUGAAUGUGGCAUUAAAAAGAAAGCAAAGAAAGAUACUCUAAAAACGUACAGGUGUACAAGAACUGGUUGUGCAUGUAAAUUUUCAUCUGAAGCAUUUUUGUUGUAUCAUUAUGCAUCUCACUCGGAUAUUGAUAAAACUUUUGUUUGUCAAGUUUGCAAUGAAGGAUUUGAACUCUGGCGAAUACUUGUGAUGCAUCUGUGGAAAGAGCAUUCUAUUGACAUUGAUUUGUUUUCUUGUUCUGAUUGCAGCUACAAAACAUUCAGUUUAUUUAAACUUAAUAACCAUAGGAAAAUACAUAGUGAUGAGAGGUCUUAUGUAUGUGAAACCUGUGGUAAAGGCUUUAAGCAAAUAAGCCAACUUCGUAAUCAUGUAGUCAUCCAUCUAGAUCGUAAAAGCAUUACGGAGAAACGUUGGUAUAGUGAGCAGCUCUGUGAUAUUUGUGGUCGCAAAUUUUCAGAUGCCAAAUGUCUGCGUAAACAUAAGCAAGCAGUACACAAAAAACUAAAGCCAUAUGUGUGUACAUUUUGUGGACAUUUGAGUGCAAGAAAGGCAAUGCUCCAAUUACACAUGAGGCAACAUACAGGAGAAAAGCCUUUUGUUUGCGAGCACUGUGAUUAUCGCACUGGGGACCAUAAUUCAUUAAGAAGGCAUCGCAUGAGGCAUACUGGUGCAAAGCCUUACAAGUGUCCUCAUUGUCCAUAUGCUUGUAUUCAGGCAAUUUCCUAUAAAACACAUCUUCGCAACAAACAUCCAGGAAUGGAAGGUUUAUACUCCUGCACCUUUUGUUCCUUCAAAUCUGUAAGUAAAGAGAACUUUUUACACCAUGUUUCUGACCACGAGCGCCAAGGUUCCAACAUUGAACUCGAGGCUGCUUCUGCCUCGGCCAGCAUACCGGAGGGGCCUCUUGAAACAGCUGUUACUGAUCCAUCUUCAGUUGAAAUGCAACUUACAGACAAUGCUGUUCAACAAUUAGAAGGUAUUCUUCCCAGCAAUGUCACGGCCGCUCAGCUGAUUUAUAGUUGCUUGAAUGCACUAAAUCAAGAUGGAGGAACAGUAAAUCUUCCUCCAGGAAUUACUGUGAACAUUCCUCAGGGAGAUUCUAAUGUGGAUGGCACUCAAACAAUCACCAUACAGUUGCCAUCUGGUCAGGAUCUGGAAAACGAACCUUAUUAUUUUACAAUUCAACAGCAGGAUGGCACCACCACUUCUCUAGUAUUGCCCAACGAUGAGCAAAAUGAUGAGAAUGCCCAAGCAGCUACAGAUUUGGCUGGUGUUCAGUUUGCCGGAGAUAAUCUCACGGACACCUCCGAACUAAACUGUGACGCAAUACUCCAAAGUGAUCAUAAUGCUGUGCAUGGUACUGAUCAAGAUGAAGCAUCUGUUUCAAUGACUAUCUCUAAUGUAUUGAAUGGAUCAACAAAGAUUUCGCAGGUCUUGUCGAAUGUUGAUAGUUCUUGCAUUUAAACUUUUUUUUCCCUUCAGGAAUUGGAGAUAAUUGGAUGAUUUGCCGAAGAUUGAUUUAUAGUUUAUAUCUCUUGUUUCUAAGCUAUUUUCUGUACAUCUACCUGUAAUUAUGUUAUUUAAUAAAUAUAUUUUCACACUUAA